CUGCUGGCUUCGCUCGUACCGGGCGCACCUCUCGCCACUGGUCUCUCAGUGCCCUGUCUUGCUGACUGGUCACCGGUUCUCGAGUCGCCUUGUCUGCUUGCCUGGAUUUCCUACAUGGAGUCAGAGGCAAGUGGCCAAGGGCAGACGAGUGGUUGGGGUCAAGUGACUUCGUUCAGCUGUGAGACGAAUUCUGGCAGUGAUGGCCGUAGUGGUGGGGCUAGUGCCUGUGGUAGUUCUGUUGGCUUCGUUUCUGGAAAUGCUGGCAAUGUCAGUGGGAAUGGACCUAGUCCUGCCUGGACGGGAGGACUUUCUGACUCUCCAAUGCCAGAAGAUCCCUAUAGUGAGAAUCUGUGGGGUUCUGUUGGGGCUGGAUCAGGAUCGGCAUCGGGAUCGGGAUCUUCGAGUCUUCACCAUCAGAUCUCUGCCAAAUGGACAAAGAUGUCCGGCGGCAUGUUCCGUCUCGGCAGCACUGGAAGUGGCGCCGCCGCUGGACAGCAGUUCUCUAAUUCUGUCGACCAGCCUGUUGGAACGAGCCAAUUUAGUGGGCCAUCCUUCUCGCCGAGUGGCGCAGCAGCCACUGUUGUCGUUCCUUCAGCCAGUCUGUCGUCUUCACCUCCGUCCAUCUCAGGCCCAGCGAUUGCCGGCGCUUCUUUGACCCAGGCAACCAGUGGGCAAGGUGCCGAAGUGGGCAAUGUCUCGGGUCCGGUAAGUCUCUUCUCUGCCCUGGCCGGCUCUGAGGCUAGGCGGCAGCGAUAUCGCGAUCCAUCACUAGUGGCUGCUCCUGCGAUGACGGGAUCUCCAUCUACCUCAGCUAUCUCCAAGGCAGGCUCGGAAGCCGUGCUUGAGGUCAGUUCUUUUUAA